AUGAGCACCGUCAUCACCGUAACGCUCGGCUUCCUCGUCGCCAGCAUCCUCCUGCUGGCCAAGACCUACGUCUCGACCAAGGACCUCAAGAACGCGCAUUCCACGAGCACCAAGAUCGACCAGAUCCUCGCCGAGAAGCAGAUCAUGCUCCGCGAGAGCCGGAAGUUGCUCCUCAAGAGCAACCGCUUGCUCAUGCAGAACCAGAAGGAGCUUGUCAAGCAGCAGAUCAUGCUUCUGGAGGUUCAGAGGAUGAUUCACCAGAGCCGCAAGUUGGAGGAGGAGAACAGGAAGAGCUACCACGGCUGUAAUGACUGCGACGGCUGCACCAGCGGCAACCUCCUGGACGGUGAGCGUGACGAGAAUGUUGCUGAAACUGACUUCUUUGUCAAUGGCCCAGCUGUUCUUUUUGUCCUGUACAAGAAACAAUGCGAGGAGAAGAAGGAAGCGUGGGUACUUUCACACAAUAUUGUUUAUCUAGGUGAAGAAACGAUUCGUGAACAAAUGCCAAAUACCCAAUAA